GUUUAUGGACGAUGGAAUAUAUAUAUGAGGCCUUUCAUGGGUCUUUAAAUACUCUUAAAUGAUGUCGAGAGAGGAGCAACGAUGGGUUUUUUUUUGUGAAAUGUGAAUCUUUAAGCUAAAGGAAAAAAGAAAAAAACGAUUGAAAACAGAACAAAGCACAAAUCCAGAGAAAAAGAUAAAAAAAGGUGGAUAGAGUCCACUACUGCUCUACUGGGUACUCCGGUCAUACCCAAAAAGCAAGCAAAUUUUUGGAUUUUUUGGCUUUUUAGCAUUAAAUUCAUCAAAUCAUUUUCAAAGGUUUCCCUGAGCAUUUAUUCCUGCUUUGAUUGUGUAAUAAUUCCCUAAGAUCUGCAAAUUCAAGCCACAAAGCUUUGUUGAGUCACAGCUUUCUGAAAAAGUGCACUCUCUCGCCGUGUGUGUAUUGAGAACAGAGGUUAAGGCAUGGAGGUUGGUCAGAUGCAGAGAACGUGGGUUGAAUAUACAAAAUCCUUGUUUAGGGAGGGGUUUCUGGAUGGUCAGUUUACACAGCUUCAGCUACUGCAAGAUGAGAGCAACGCAGAUUUUGUUGUGGAAGUUGUGUCUCUUUUCUUUGAAGAUUCUGAAAGGCUUCUUAAUGAUCUCACCAGGGCUAUAGAUCAGCAAAGUGUAGACUUCAAAAGGAUUGAUGCUCAUGUGCACCAGUUGAAGGGUAGCAGCUCCAGCAUAGGUGCACAGAGAGUUAAAAAUGCCUGCAUUGCUUUUCGCAAUUUCUGUGAGGAGCAGAACAUUGAAGCGUGCCUGAAAUGUCUGCAGCAAGUAAAGCAAGAGUAUUAUCUUGUGAAAAACAAGCUUGAAGCUCUAAUCAGGCUGGAGCAACAAAUUGUGGCAGCUGGUGGGUCAAUUCCAAUGGAAGAGUUGAGUUUUUAGGGUUAUCACGUAAAACUGGAAGAAGGAUUAUUGUAGAGAGACUUUUUUUUUCUUUUUCUUCUCUCACAGUGUUUAAUGAAUGGGGUUUGUGCUUUGUAUGAGUUUUAUGAAGAUAUUGAGUCUCAUCUCAUCUACUGCCACUUCUCAUUAUGAUCUUCAAUGAUCAAGAGGACUUUUGCUGUUCUUGUUUCUA